AACCAAUGGGUAAUAUGUACAGUAUAUCUAUAUCUAUAGGUUAAAAACGGUUACCGAAGCUAACUACGAAGUCUAACAUUUGCGUUCAAAGGCUACUUUCCAAAUGCAGAGGCGUCUAAAUACGAGGUUGUAUAGUAUUAUGUAUUGUCCGGGUUGUAUAGUAUACGUCACUGUCGCGGCUGUGCUUCGUAGCUUUAGCUUCAAUGCUAAUGUUGGCCGAAGCUAACGUCGACGUCAUGCCCCAGCACGGAGCCUCAGCAGCCGUUAAGAGUACAAGCUGCCUCUUACUUUUCUUUUGACCACCGCCGGCCCACACAGCUGAAAGAGUUGUCCAGUUAGUAGGGCAGUAGUUAGUUGGUAGUUUUAGCAGCAACACAAAGUAGAUAGAAUCCGAAAACUUACUCUCAACGUUGCCUUUUGCUUGGAAGUACAGAAUGGGGAUGUGCUUACCGUGCUUUGGUGGGUCAGUCGACGACGCUGUUGACACUCCAGAUCCAGAGACGAGGAGGCAACAGUUGGCUGAGGCUGCAGAAAAAAGACAAAAAGAGACAGCACACCGGGGUGUCAAAAACCCAGAAGCGGUUGAAAGGAAAAGAAAAAAGCAAGAAGAGAUUGAGAAACAGAAGAUGAGUACAUCUGUUUCUGGCAGCGGUGGUGGGUUGAAGUGGCAGGUGGGCUGAAGUGAUAAGGCUCAAAAGGUCCAAAAACCACAGAGGGAUCACUGCGAGAUGUUUUGAACAGCUGUCCACAUCUGUAUUUAUGGGUUUUAUUUUCGCAAUAGUUUGAGACAAACGGCUCACAGUGCUUAAUGCUGAUCUGUGAGAUGUGAUUGGGGCAGGAAUACCCAGAGCUGCAGCCUUGUUGCCAAACCAACUAGACAAGUGGGUCAUAUUAGCAAAAACUGGUCAACAUGAAAGUUUCAUCAAAACAAUAACAAAAGGAUCAAUAUUCACAAUAUACAAUAUUAAGGGUCCAAUUUUAUAUGACAUUUCCAAGCAUGAUUAUACAAACUUCACACAGUUUUGGACUGCUUUAUUCAUGUUAGGCUACUCUGUGAAGUGCAAGGUUAAAGCAGUAUUUGCACAAUGUUUUCACAAAAAGCAUCAUCACAGACUUUCAAAUGUUGCAUCAGGGGUGUGAAUAAACAUAACCAACUCUUUCAAGACGUAUAACAUGUUCAAGGUCCAGUUGCAUCAUUUCUGAUGAAAUUAACACUACUUUUGUUAAUCUUAUUGUGAGCACAAUCUCACUUUGCUGCAGUGAAUUUCACAUAUACAAGCUACAUGUAUAACCUGCUGAAUUUGUGAACGGCGUUGCCAUAUGUAAGCUUUUCUUUCAAGCACAGUUGUAUGUGUGUGUACACUUGAAUUAUCAGCAAACCGUAGUGUGAUUAGAAUGUACUGAAGAAGUGAAGGACUAAUAGUUAAGAUAUUUAACUAACUUGCAUUUUUCACUGCUUUGACUUGAUCUGUAAACACUUUCGGCAUUUGGUCGCAAAGGAAUGGAUAAUCAAGCCAAUGUAAUUUGCUACAAUAAAAAACAUUUCUGAAA